CUCCCUGUCUUCAGCCUUCACGGGUAGUGGUGUUUUUCUGUAGUUCUGGCUUGGAACUGGAUUUGUUAGGUUUUGUUUUGUUUAAUUCCAUAACUCAACUUGAAUUUCUCUUUGCAUAGAAAAGUGAAGUCUGUUCACAGCUCGUGUUUGAGUGCUCUGUUUGGACUUACUUCUUCCAUCUUUUUUUUUUUUUUUUUUUUUUACUUGCAUCAUGACUGUGAAGUUUUAAUUGAUCAGCCACUUAACAUAGUUUUACAAUCCCUGCGUGCCCGUGACAACGAGGUUUCCAAGCAGUAGUGAGAAGGCAUCCUGUCAGUGUGUGCGAGCUCGGGGAACACGACUGACAGUAACCUCAAGGUGUGGGCACGUGUAGGUGGAGUGUCUCCCCCAAAGCAGGUUUGAGGAAUUAGAUUCCUUCCCCCCACCCCCUCCCCCCAUCGUCACGGUCAUCGUCACUGCCCAGGACAGAGCAGCUGCCUGGGGUCAGGGCCCUUCUGCUUAGUAUCCCAGCCCCGCCCCCAUCAGACUGUCCCAGCUUCCCGCUGGAUCCCCCUCGUCACACACCUUUCACCUUCCUCUCCCCCUCCCCCGCCCCUCCACCCCCCACCAUCUUCAGACCCUUUUCCAUCCUCAUUUUCUUUCUUCUCUUUUUCACCUAAUGCAUCACCUGAUAGUAUUUCUUUUUGUUUUGUUUUUAAUAUUUACUUAUUUAUCUUUGGUUGCACCAGGUCUUAGUUGCGGCUUGCAGGCUCCUUAGUUGUGACCUGCGAACUCUUAGUUGCGGCGUGUGGGAUCUAGUUCCCUGACCAGGGAUUGAACCUGGGCUCCCUGCUUUGGGAGCACGGAGUCGUGUCCACUGUGCCACCAGGGAAGUCGCCACCAGAUAGUAUUUCGUGUGCAUCCUCUUCCUUUCAUCUGAACCUUCCCUCACUCAGAGCUGUUAUCCUCAAAUCAGCAUCUGAUCUCUCAGGGUCAUUUCUUUCUGACUCCUUUUUGACGCCACUUUCUUCAGACUUUUUCAGAACAGUCCUCAGAUUCUCUUUCUUCCAUCCUCCUCAGACCCUUUUUGGGGCUGUCCUCCUCAGAUUCCUUCUCAGGGUCACCUCCAAAGCCAUUCUUGAAAAGCAAAAACAAUACCUUCUCAGCAAACUUGGGUUGGAAGAAAUGUCCCCAACCUGAUAGAGAGCAUCUAAAAACCUACAGCUAAUGUUAAACUUUUCUGAUAAAAUAAGGACUAGAGCAAGGAUGUCCACUUCCACCACCCCUGUCCCACAUCACACAGGAAGAACUAGUCAGUGCACGUACUGGAAAGGAAAAACUAAAACUGCCACUGUUUGCAGAUUAUAUGAUUGUCUACAUAGAAAAUUUCAAAGAUCUACAGAAAAGAUGGUCUAGAACUAAUAAGAGAGUUUAGCAAGGUCACAAGAUACAAGGUCAACCAGCAAAGGCAAACUGUAUUUCUAUAUACUAGCAAGGUACAGUUGGAAACCAAAAGUAAAACAACAUUUAUGAUAGAAAAAUGAAAUAAUCUCACAAAACAUGUACACCGUCUCUGUACUGAAAACUGCAAACAGCUGAUAAAAAAUUAGAAUAGCUCUUUAAAUAGAGAAACCCAUCAUAUUCGUGGAUUGGAAGAACCAGUAGUGUUAAGAUGUCAAUUCUCCCCAUUCAUCCAUUGUACAUCCCCUUAUACAUUCCCUUAUACAUCCGUUUAAUACAGUUCCAGUCAAAAUCCUAGAGAAUUUCUGGUAAAUAUAGACAAGUUGAUUCUAAAAUGUACAGAGAAAGGCAGAGAAGCUAGAAUAGUUACAACAAUUUUGAGAAAGCAUACAUUUGGCUCCACAGUGCGCAAUAUGAAGACCUACCCUAAAGCUACAGUAAUGAACACAAUGUGGUGUAGCAAAGGAAUAGAUACAAGGUCAACUGAAGAGGGGAGAGAGAGAGGAAUAGACCCACACAAGUACAGCUAACUGAUUUUUUUUAGCAUUUUAAAAAUUAAUAGACCAUUUUAAAGAACAGUUUAGAUUUAUAGAAAAAUUGAAAGAAAUUACAGUUUCCAUAUACCGUAUGGAUAGUUUCCCCUUUAUUAUCUUAGCAUGACACAUUUGUUACAAUUAAUGAACCAACACUGAUACAUUAUUAUUAACGAAAGUCCAUAGUUCAGAUGACCUUGGUUUUUACCUAAUGUCUUUUCUUCUGUUCCAGCCUCCCAUCCAUGAUACCAUGUUACAUUUAUUUGUCAUGUCUUCUUAGGCUUCUCUCACCUGUGAGAUUUCUCAGAGAUUCUUGGCUUUGAUGACCUUGAGGGUUUUGAAGAAUACUGGUCAGGUAUACCGGUUGUCCCUCUACUGGAAUGUGCCUUUUUUCCUCAUGAUUCGCCUGGAGUUAUGGUUUUGGGGAGAAAGCUCACAGAGGGAAAGUGCUAUUUUCAUCACAUCAUAUCAAGGACACAUACUAUCAAUACGGUUUAUGAUGGUUGAUGUUGAACUUGAUCUGAUCAGCUGGCUGAAGCAGUUGUAUUGUUUCCCCCUUUCCAUGCUGUGUGAUUUGGAAAGAAGUCACUUUGUGGAGCCCACACUUAAAGAGUGGGAGUUAUACUCCAACUCGCUUAGACUGGAAUACAUACAUAAUUUAUUUGGAAUUCUGCGUAGGAGAUCUGUUUCCCCUCCAUUUAUUUAUUCAGUCACUUAUCUGUAUCAAUAUGCACUCAUGGAUAUGAUUUUCUACCUUAGGUUAUAAUCCAGUGCUACGUUUUAAGUUAUCUUGCUCAUUGUCUUCCAACUUUGGCCAUUGGGAACCCUUUUAGAAACAAGAUCUGGUCACUAGGUGUGCUGGUUGCUAUGGUACAGUGUGAUUUCUUUCAGGCUCCCUUAGCUGGUAGAGCAAAGAAAUGUAUGUGUGCCACCAACUCAUGUAUAUACAUAUAUGUGUAAAUAUUUUUAUAUGUAGCCAUCUGUAUCUACAUUGUUUUACCAUCAUCAACUCUGUCCCUUACAUGUGGAUUAUUCUAGCCUCCUCCCCUUUCUAAUCUGUAAAUUCCCAUUCUAAUGACAAGAACCCUGGCUUUCACCAUCCACUACUCAAUUGUUCAGGUCCAGCAAACACGUAUGGCAGUGUCAGAAUUGUUAACAUGUGUACCGUGGGAAUCAACUUUAUCAAUUAGAGCAUCGUCCCGUGUGCAGUUCCCUUUGCCUUUAGCCUAUGGACUCCAAAGUGACUGAAGUCCCUUCCCCCUGCCCCCACCCUCCUUGGGGUGGUUGUUUCAUACUUUUGUAAUACAAUUAGACUCCCUUGUCACAGUCUACAUUUUUUCCUGGAAUCUCCAGACCUCCUAAAUUAUUAUUUUUCUAAAUCACAUACAUUAAAGUUCACUCUUCGUGUAGUAAAGUUUUAUGGGUUUUGACAAAUGUCUGGUAUUAUGUAUCUACUAUUACAGUAUCAUAGAAUAGUUUCACUGUAAUAAAAUUCCCUGUGCUUCAACUAUUCAUCCCUCCCCUCCAUACCCACACCUCUGACCACCACUGAUUUUUUUUUUUUAACCACUGAUCUUUUUUUGUAUGUAUAGUUUGCCUUUUCCAAAAUGUCAUAGAAUUGGAAUCAAACAACAUGUAGCCUUUUCAGACUGGCUUCUUUUACGGAGAAAUAUGCAUUUAAGUUUCCUCCAUGUGUUUCUGUGGCUCGAUAGCUCAUUUCUUCUUAUUGCUGAAUAAUAUUGCAUGUAUGUACCAUAGUUUAUCCUUCAUCUAUUAAAGGACAUCUUGGUUGCUUUCAGCUUUGGGCAGUUAUGGACAAAGCUGCUAUAAACAUCCAUGUUCAGGUUUUUGUGUGGACAUGAGUUUUCAGUUCAUUUGGGUAAAUAAGUAGGAGUAUAAUUGAUGGAUCACAGGUAAGACUGUGUUUCGCUUUUUAAGAAAGUGCCGAACUUUCUUGCACAGUGGCUGCACCAUUUUACAUUCCUAACAGCAGUGAAAAAGCUACUUAUUUUCCAUAUCCUCUCCAGCAAUUGGUAUUUUUGUGUUUUGUUUCUGAUUUUAGCCAUUCUAAAAGGUGUGUAGUGAUGACAAUAAGUAAACAACUCAUUGUUGCUUUAAUUUGUAAUUCCCUGAUGACAAAUGACGUUAAGCGCCUUUUCAUGUUUUUUGCCAUCUGUAUAUUGUUUUCGGUGAGCUGUCCAGAUAUUUUGCCCAUUUUUAAUAGAGUUGUUUGUUUUUGUAUUGUUGAGUUUUAAGAGUUUUUAAAGAAUAUUUGAAUACAAAUCCUCUAUCAGAUACGUGCUUUGCAAAUAUUUUCUCCCAGUAUGUUGUCUCUCUUCAUUCCCUUAAUAGUUUCUUUCCACAGCAGAAUUUUUUUUUUUUUUUUUUUUUUUUUUUUUUUUUUUUUGUGGUACGCGGGCCUCUCACUGCCGUGGCCUCUCCCGUUGCGGAGCACAGGCUCUGGAGGUGCAGGCUCAGCGGCCAUGGCUCACGGGCCCAGCCGCUCUGCGGCAUGUGGGAUUCUCCUGGACCAGGGCACGAACCCAUGUCCCCUGCAUAGGCAGGCGGACUCUCAACCACUGUGCCACCAGGGAAGCCCCCUAUUCCUUUUUAAAUGCAUAAACUCUCACCCUUUGAGAUGGUCACAGGACACCCAAUGCACUUCACUCCUGUCUCUUCUGACUGAGACUUGAUAAGAGAUAUUACAAUAUUGUAAAGGCCUAAUUAUUUCAAUUAAGAAUAACUGUAUUUUGGUAGAGCAAUCUUUUUAGCGUCUCUCAGAAAAUGAAGACCUUAAGAAUCACACCUUGCAACCUGGAGAUUUCAUCUACUGGAGUAAUUACCUCCAGAAAAACUCUCUUCAACCUUGCUGGAAAGGCCCCUAUCAAGUACUGCUAAACCAACCCUUGUGCCACCAAACUACAAGGAAUUGACUCUUGGAUUCACAUGACACACUUAAAGAAAGUGCCAAGCCCUGACUAGACCUGCACAUCACCUGGUGACCUGAAAGUCAAGAUUUCCCAGAAUUGAAGCAGAUGACAUCCGAUGAGACAUCUUUCCCAAAAUAUCCAUUCCAGGCCUGUUGGAGUUUGUCACCAAACCUUUGAUGAUGACAUGCUCAGAUGAUCUCCAGUGUCUAUGAUCUUGGUAACAUAUGAACUUUAGAUGAAAAGUGCCUCACAGUUCUCUCUGCUCCUCUUCAAUACUCAAAUGUAAUCUCAGUAGGUUUGAAAUCUGCAUUUUCCCUCUGAUGUGAGACUGUACACAGGAAAGGUCCUCCCUGGCACUGAGGUACAAAAAGCCACUGACACCAAAAAAACCCUCAUGCUUGAUCAGAUGCUUUCAGAGAAAGAUUUUGAUCAAAAGGGGGAAAUGUAAAAAACACAAACAAAAAAGAACAGAAACCUCAAUGAAAGAGAGUCAGGAGGUCAUAAAGGGGGAGGGGGAAGUCUCACACCCUGCAAAAAUAGCAGGGACCUUUUCUUUCCUGGCAACAACUCAGCCAAUGAAAAGCAAUGGACUGUUGGUUUUUUUUUUUUUUUUUUACUACAUCCCUCCCAACUUCCUUUCCCCACAUAAAAGUGUCCUCCUUUCCAUUUUUGCUGGGGACUUGCAUGCAGGUUCCCAUCGUGGUAGCCCCCAAAUUGCAGUUCUUUUUAUAAUAAACCUGUUUUUGCUGGAGAAAUAGUUGGCAAUUUAUUUUAGAUCAACAGUAGGUAGUGGUAUCUCAUUGGUUUUUCAAAUUUACAAUUUCCUAAUACCCUAUAAUACUGAGCAUCUUUUCAUAUACUUAUUUGCAGUCUGUAUGGUGAGGUGUCUGUUGAGAUCUUUUGCCCAUUUUCAACUGCGUUUUUCCUUUUCUUGCACUUUUAGUAUAUUUUGGGUAACUUUUAUCAGAUAUGCCUUUUGCAAACAUUUUUAUCUUGUGGCAUCUCAUUCUCUUGAUGUAUGUAUCUUUUUACAGUAUAUAAUCACGCUGUGAAUAUAAUUAGCUUUUUAACGUAACACUAUAGCAAACAUUUCCCAUUUGGCUUGAGACUUCCCAGUCACCUUUGUAUAGGGCUGCAAAAUAAGUACCCAGUUUCUUCCUCCACAGCCCGACAGAGCAGAUUAUCCCCACUUUACAGGUGAAGGAGAUGAGAGACUGGCAGCUACCUGCCUAAGGUUUCAGCGCUGCUGACCCGCAGAGCUCACAAUCCCCUGGGUAAGCAACCCAGUGCCUCCCGAGCUGCCUGUCCCGCCUGGGAGGUUUCCGUGAGUGGUUUCUAUGGCUCGGCGCACUAACUCUCUUCUCUUGGCCUCCCAAUCCCGCUCUGAAACACAGCAAAGCCGCCAUCCUCUGGCUAAUUUUAAAAAGCGGCCAGGAGGCCCCGCCGGGCGCGGGGCGGGCACUCUCGUCGUCCUCCUCCGGGGCAGGAGCGGGCGCGGAGGCGGAGCGAGCAGUCCACGCCUUCCGCCAGCCAAGCUCCUUCAGUCGGCCCGCAGGCGACGUGGACACCGGACCGGCCUCCCGGAGCGCGGGGCCCGGCGACCCACCCGGAGGGGAGCCGGAGCGCGCUGACGCGCUGGGCUGCACGCGGCGGACGGCAGGCCCGCGGAGCCGGGCGCGGUGAGAGCUCUGAGGGGAAAAAACCAGUUGUGUAUUUUGGGGGCAUUCUGAGCCUUCAGAAGGAAAGCAGACAUGUCCUUGGAUGACAUUAGGAUGAGCUCUACCGAAUUCCUGAGGCAGGAGGACCUGGACAGCGGGGGCUUCGGGAAGGUGUCUCUGUGUUUACACAGCUCCCAUGAACUCGUGGUCCUGAAGAAGGUGUACACGGGCCCCAAGCGCACCGAGUACGACGAGGCCCUCCUGGAGGAGGGCAGGAUGAUGCACAGGCUGCGGCACAGCCGCGUGGUGAAGCUGCUGGGCGUCAUCAUGGAGGACGGGAACUACUCGCUGGUGAUGGAGUACGUGGAGAAGGGCGACCUCAUGCGCGCGCUCAAGGCCCAGAUCAGUAUCCCUCUCUCUGUGAAAGGAAGGAUAAUUAUGGAGACCAUUGAAGGAAUGCGCUACUUACACGGAGAAGGUGUGAUACACAAGGACCUCAAGCCUGAAAAUAUCCUCGUCGAUGGUGACUUUCACAUUAAGAUAGCUGACCUUGGCCUUGCCUCCCUUAAGACGUGGAGUGAGCUGAUGAAAGAGGAGCUUACUGCGCAGAGGAGAGGAAACAGCACCACGAAGAACGGCGGCACCCUCCACUACAUGGCCCCCGAGCACCUGAACGACGUCAGCUCGAGGCCCUCCGAGAAGUCGGACGUGUUCAGCUUCGCCAUAGUGCUCUGGGCCGUCUUUGCCAACAAGGAGCCGUAUGAAAAUGCUGUCUGUGAGCAGCAGCUGAUAAUGCGCAUUAAAUCUGGGAGCAGGCCGGACGUGGAGGACAUCACUGGGCACUGCCCGCGGGAGGCCGUCAGCAUCAUGGAGCAGUGCUGGGCGGUGAAUCCAGAAGAUCGGCCGACGUUUGCUGGCAUUGAAGAGAAAUUUAGGCCUUUUUAUUUAAAUCAAUUAGAAGAACAUGUAGAAGAGGAUGUGAAGAGUUUAAAGAAAGAGUAUCUGGGCCAAAAUGAAAUUGUAAAGAGAAUGAAGUCUCUCCAAAUUGGUUGCGUAGCAAUGUCUCCAAGCAGGUCAAAUUCAGCCACAGAACAGCCCAGUUCGCUGCACAGUUCACGGGGAUUCGGGCUGGGUCCUGUGGAGGACUCCUGGUUCGCUCCCGCCCCAGAGCAGCAGCAGCAGCAGGAGGAGGACCUCCUGCUGCACAGUAAACUCCAGGAGGAGGCCAACUACCAUCUUUAUGGCAGCCGCAUGGACAGGCAUACGGAAGAGCAGCCCAGACAGAAUGUGGCUGACAGGAGACAGGAAGAGAGGAGACGGAGGGUCUCCCAUGACCCUUUUGCACAGCAGAGACCUUAUGAGAAUGCUCAGAACGCAGGGCUGAAAGGCCUUGCUUAUUCCGGUGCAGCCAAUCAUGGUAGUGCGGUACAGCAACCAGCAGGGCUAACCAGCCAGCCCCAGUUACCACACUGGAGAAAUGGAUUGUUUACAUCACUCGGUUUUGGAGCAAGACCAGUGGAUCUGAGAACCGCAGGUCCAGGAGUUGGGGAUGGGCCAAAUCCAGGCCACAUGCCAAGCCUGUAUAAAACUCCAGUGCCUGAGACCAACCUCCUGGGAAACACACCCACCAUGCCAUUCAGCUCCUUCCCAUCAAGAGAUGAGUCUUUAAAAUAUGGCAUAUACAACAGUUUUGGCGUUCAGAUUGGAAACAAUAAUUUUAUGGAGAUUGGCGGAAUGAGUCCAUUGGUACUGGACAGCACGUACAUGAACUUGAAAGAAGACCCAGCUUCUAAGUACCGAGAUAUCUUUGAUAAUACCACUAGUCUGACUGAUAAACACCUGGACCCAGUCAGAGAAAAUCUGGGCAGGCAGUGGAAAGACUGUGCCCGUAAGCUGGGCUUCUCCCAAUCUCAGAUCGAUGAAAUUGACCAUGACUAUGAGCGAGAUGGACUAAAAGAAAAGGUUUACCAGAUGCUCCAAAAGUGGCUGAUGAGGGAAGGCAGCAAGGGGGCCACCGUGGGAAAGCUGGCCUUUGCGCUCUACCAGUGUUCCAGGCUAGACCUGCUGAGCCACCUGACACACAGCAGCCAGAACUAAGCCCACAAGGGCUCCUGCAGCAGGAGGCCCUCUCCUCACUCGGUGAGCGACCCACCGAAAGCCUGCUGCCUCAGAAGGUUCAGAAUUCUUUCCUCACUGAUGCGGGUUCUGUGCGUAAAAAUCAUUUCCUGCCUUUCAUAGCUGGAGGAUGGGAAAAGAAAUCUACAGCAAACAACCCACUGCACAGGAAGACCUAUUCAUGGCCAAGGUCCAAUCAAAACAGAAGCCUAAUAGCGUUUUGAAAGGGAGAGAGAUUCAAGGGAGAUCAUUUUCUUUCAGAUUAUUCCAUAACCUUCAGUGAUGCUGUUCAUUCAGUUUCUUGACGUUUUGCUUGAGCAAGGAAAAAAAAAUUAAUAUUUUAGAAUAUAAACUAAAUCAGCUUUCUAAUUCUGCACUGUCUUCUCUACAUAGGCUCCUGUUGUAACCGAAGCACUGUAAAAUGCUGCAUUCUCGUCAAAUGGGAUUUUUUUCUAUCACAACCACAGUUCAUUCCAAAAUUAUAGGGUCUCUUAACUUCAGGAUCAAAUUCUGUGUCAGUCACUACAGGCUUCAGGAGUUAUAUGCUAUCUUCACUCUGUAAAUUAACGGAAGCGAUUUUAAGGAGUACAGACAAGGGGGGAAAAAUAGAGAACAAAAAUAGGAGACUUUCCCAGGCUGUCAUUGCACAGAAUUGCUACUAAUUCUGACGAGUACAAAGGUUCUUUCCUAGCAUUCUGACACUUCAGGUACUUUUCCAACCUGCGUGCCCUGAAGAGGGAGCAGGUGUGCUGGGAGUAUUGAUCGCUUCAGCCCUGGCUACGACUGGAGCCUCAGGGCAGAUCAGUGUUGAGCAGCUUCCUCAGUUUAUCCCAGGAUACUGUAGAAAUAAUUUCAUUUUUUCCUGUGAGCUAGGCUGUAAAAGGACAGGUUCCGAGUCUGCUAGCUGUGCCUGUAGCACUCAACCUUUCAAAGCCCGCCUGAAACCAAGAAGGAGUGAAGGCACUCGAGGGCUAGGAGACUGACGUGACCAGGCCACCCAGCAUCACCGCCCGCCCUUUGCUCGGCAGAGCAGGUGUGCCACUGUGCUCAGCCCUCCCGGGAGGGCGGCACACAGGGUGCGGUAAGGCCAUCUGGCUGCCAGAACAGAUCCUAGUGUUUGGUGGGUUCAUAACAGUACUGUUGGUUCUGAUUCUAAAUCUCCUCCAGUCAGUGGUACUGUAAAGCAGAAUUUCUUCACCUUGGCACUAUUUGGCAUCUUGGGCCACGUAGCUCUUUGUUGUGGAGGGCUGUCCCGUGCAUCGUAGGGCAUUUGGAAGCAACCCUGGCCUCUCCCUGUGAGAUGCCAAUAGUGCUUUUCUCCCCCUCCUCCCAUCUCUAGUUGUGACAAACAGCAAUGUCUCUGGACAUUUCCAGAUGUUCCCUGGAGGGGCAAAACUGCCCUAGUUGAAGACAGCACUGCUAUAAAGUAGUGAACCUGUUUUCCUAUCCACCCAUAUCCAGGCUCACUACUUGGUUGCCACACAGCAUUGGAUCACAUGGCCCAAAAGGAAAACUGGAGGGGCAGACAGUCCCAGGCUUGCUGGAGGGGGCUGGAUGAUUUCUUUUCUAAAUGCAUCCCUUGUGCCUCUCUUCUAAAUUCCAGAGAGGUUGCAUGAUCAAUGUUCAGAGGCAAAAAGCGUAAGAUAUCUUUAAUGGACUUUUUAAAAUAAAAUUUUGUACCUCA